AUGCUUAGCCAAGUACUAAAGAAAAAUAGCUCAUCUUAUUUUAAAAAGGCUGCAGCAAGCGAGUAAGUAACUCCUUAAAGUAGAAGGUUUUCAAAUUCACCUUCUCUUUAAGAUCAUGAAAAUGGAGUUAAUAUAUUAAGGCCUGUCUCAUUAAAAAGUUAGUUUUCGAAAAGAAGCAUAGAUAAAGCAAACGCAUUUAAAUAUUAAAGCAAACUUUACAAAUAAAAUUUAGAAUCAACUGCCUCCUUUUUAUCAGCAAUCACAUUCGCAUGGACAAUAGAAAUUUUAAAGACUGGUAGCAAGUGUAUUAAAUAGAGAAGAAAUCUUGAACCAAACGAUUUAUAUGACUGCAUAAGUGAGGAAACUCCUGAAUUUGCUCACGAGUAUAUGAAAAAAAAUUUUUUAAAUUAGAUGACAAAGCAAAGCAAUAUGUUUCUUUAGUCUAAAGUAGAACAUAUAUAAAAAGUUACAUAAACCAAAAAGGAUAAGAGUUAUAAAUAAGCAGAUAUGGCAAAUGAAGAAAAAUCAUUAGCCAAAUAAAAAAUUUAAAUAGAUAAUAUGCUUUAUAAUAUCAUUAAACAAAUGUGCUUAAAGGAAUAUAUCGCUGCAACACUACUUUCUCUAUUAGGAAACCUCUGUUAAUUUGUUGGACCUAUUGUGCUAAAUUAUAUCAUCAAAUUUCUUAAAAAUGAAAAUGAACCUGCGUGGCAUGGCUAUGCUUAUGCAACUAUUAUUUUUUUUGGAUAUCUUUUAAGAGUAUUUUUCCUUCAACAUUCUCUUCAUCUUACAAACAGAGUAGGAAUCAAAGUAUUAAAUAGUUUAAACACUUCAAUAUACAACAAAAUAUUAAAAUUAUCUGCUUCUUCUAAAAAAUAUUAUGAUUCCGGCAAAACCAUGAAUUUAGUAACUGUAGACUCUUAGUCAAUAUUUGGAUAUGUUAUGAUGGCAUAAAAUAUGAUAACUGGUCCAAUAAUCGUUUUAGUUGCUGUCGCAUUCAUUAUAUAUGAGCUUGGAAUCAUUGGUUUGGCAACUCCAUUCUUUUUCUUUUUGGGUGCCUAUUUACAAAAAGUAGUAAAUUCCAGGGCUUUUAAGCUCAGGAGGAUAAUACUUCAAUGGACAGAUAAGCGUUCUAAGCAAUUAAAUGAAUUUUUUGAGAAUAUUAGAAUAAUUAAAUAUUAUGGUUGGGAGGAAAUAAUUAGUCAAAGAAUUCAGGGUAUAAGAAAAACUGAAACAGCUAAUCUGAUCUAAAAUUAAAUUAUUAAGACAGUAGUAGAAGUAAUAAUGAAUUCAACUCCAAUAGCUAUUAGUUUAUUUAUUUUUGGUCUUUAUGCUGGCCUUUAUGGAGAUAUUGAAUCUAACACUGCCUAUACUAUUAUUAGUUUAUUAAAUUUACUUCUUAACCCUUUAAAGAUGAUUGUUAUAGUUUUGCUUUUGUAACAAAAUGCAACUACUUCUGCAGCUAGAAUAAAUGAAUUUCUCUCUGCAGAGGAAUAAGAGUCAACAAGUGAAAGAUUUGAUUAUGAAAACUUAGAGUUAGGUGAAAUAAAAAUAUAAGAGGCCUCUUUUUCUUGGGAUUCGUUGAAGUCAGCUGUUCAUAAUAGCAUGAGUAAAUUUAACAGAAGAAUUGGAUAAAAAAGCAAUACAAUUUAGCCAAUAAAUGCUAAUCAACCACAAAUAAUAAAUAAUAAAAAUUAAAAGUAAAAUUAAGUUUUCACAGCUGAAUAAGUAAUGCAAUUAGAGUAAAAAUAAUUUUAGCUUAAUGCAAUAGAGUAGUUUUUCUCUCGUGAUUUAAUGACUUUAAAAAAUAUCUCUCUUCAAAUUUAAUCAGGAGAAAUAGUUGCCAUUGUUGGUUAAGUAGCUUCUGGAAAAAGUAGUUUACUUCUAGCUAUUUUAGGUGAAAUGGUUAAAACUUCUGGAAGUUUAAAAAUAAAUGGAUAAAUAGCUUAUAUUCCUUAAUCUCCUUGGUUAUAAAAUUCUUCUCUUAGAGAUAAUAUCAUAUUUGGAUAACCUUUUGAUGAAGAAAGAUAUUUUAAAGUCAUUGAAAAAUGCCAGUUGACAGUUGAUCUGCAAAAUAAAGAAGUUUUUCCUUUAGGUGAUCUCACUGAAAUAGGAGAAAGAGGAGUAAAUUUAUCUGGUGGAUAAAAGCAAAGAAUAGGUAUAGCCCGUGCUGUGUAUGCUAAUGCUGAUAUAUAUCUUAUCGAUGACUGCUUAAGUGCUCUUGAUGCUCAUGUAGGCAAGUUGAUUUUUUAUGAUAUAAUUUGUGGAGAAUUAGAGGAAAAGACUGUCAUUUUUGUAACUCAUGCAAUCCAUUUUAUAGAAGAUAUCGAAAAGAUUAUUGUUUUAAAGGAAGGAUAAAUUGUUAAUGUUGGUACACAUGAAUUUCUAUAAAAAAACUGUUAAGAAUAUCAAAAAUUAACAUUAGUAAAUGAAAAAGAAGUUAAUCUAAGUGAUGAAAGUAGCAGUAACUCGAGCGGGUCUUACAGUGAUGAUUCAGAUUCUGAUUCUAGCUAUGAAAUAAGCCCCGAAGGUUCUGAAAAAAGCUUAGAGAAAGACGAAGAAAAUAAAAUUAAGAGCUCUGAAAGUGCAGAAUCUGAUUACUAACAAGAGAGAGUAAAAUUUGAAAGGAAAGAUAGGAAAGUAAGAGACUAAUUAGAAGAUAAUGCAGAACAAGUGCCAGACUUUAAUUAUGUUGAAUAAAAAGGAAGGAUAUAAAACUUUUAAAAAUCAGCAAGUAUUCUUUCAAAAAGAAAUUCUAGAUAGGUAUCUAGAUAGGCAUCUAGGUAGAUUUCAAGGUAGAAUUCUAGAUAAGGAAGUAUUCUUAAUAAAACAAUAUAGUCUGAGAAAAAAAAGAGUAAAUUCUCAAUUAGAAGAUCAGAAACUAGAAAAAGCAUGUUCAACCUUUCUUACUUAGUAGAAGAUAAAUAUUUUGAAGAUAGUUCAAUUCCUGCUUCAGUUUAUAAAAGAUAUGUAAUUUCAGGUGGUAAAUGUGCUACAUUCAAUAUGUUUAUGAGUUUUCUACUCUCUUAGGCGUUUAAAAUUAUUUCUGAUUGGUGGAUUGGCCAAUGGAGUGGCAAUUAAUAUCAGCAAACAAACUUAUUCUACAUGAUCAUAUACUUUAUUUUUGGUUUUUUAUAAGCCAUAUUUAUCUACUUGAGGGGAUAUACAUUUAGUUUAUUCACUACAAACAGUUCAAACGUUUUUUAAUCUCGUUUACUUAAUAGGUUGCUACAUACUCCAUAAUGGUGGUAUGAUGUAACACCAAUAGGUAAAAUAAUAGCUAGAACAACAAAAGAUCAAGAUGAUUUAGAUAGCACUCUUCCUUGGAAUAUGAAGUUUGCUCUUACUAAUAUAUUCUAAUUAGUUACAGUUAUCGUUACAAUCGGAAUUAUAUUUCCUCACUUCAUUGCACUAGGUGCAAUUUGCUUUUAUGUUUACUUCAUAAUAAUUAAGUUUUAUUUAAUUACUUCAAGAGAAAUCAAAAAAAUAGAAGCAAGCACUCGUGGUCCUGUUAUUUCGCACUUUUAAGAAACAACAAAUGGAAUAUUUAUAAUUAGAGCCUUUAAAAAACAAGAAGAUUUUAUGAAUAAAAUGCUUUCAAAAUAGAGAGAUUAUAUUGUUAGUUUUGUAAAUUAAAAUUAAUGCAAUAGAUGGGUAUCUGUUGUAACUGAUUUGAUGGGACUUUUUAUUGUUUCAGUCUGUGCAUAUUUUAGUGUACUCAGCAAAACUUUUAAUAUCGUUUCGAAUGUUUCACUCAUAGGAUUAGCCCUCUCUUCCAGUUUUUAAAUUUCCUAAAUUAUCAGCUUUACACUUAAAUUGUUAGCUGAUACAGAAUCUAAUAUGAACGCUUUAGUGAGAAUGAUAUAACUGAUAGACACUAAUCCAUAAGAAAGUAGCUGGGAUGAUUGCAAAGCUCCUGAAAAUUGGCCAAAACAGGGUGAGAUUGUAUUUGAUAAUGUCUCAUUAAAAUACAGAUAAGAGCUUCCUCAAGUCAUUAACAAUCUCAGCUUUAAAAUAGAGAAAAACCAAAAGAUAGGUGUUGUAGGAAGAACUGGAUGCGGAAAAUCGACUUUAACUUUAGGUAUAUUGAGAAUACUUGAGAUUACGUUUGAUUAAAAUAAUGAAAUAGGAAGAAUAAUCCUAGAUGGCUAAGAUAUUCGUGAAUUAGGUUUGCAUGAAUUAAGAUAAAAAAUUAUGAUUAUUCCUUAAGAGCCUGUACUAUUUUCAGGCACUCUUAAAGAAAAUGUUGACCCAUUUAAUCAGUAUUCAGAAAAAGAUGUAGUAGAAAUAUUAAAGAAAGUAAGUAUAUGGGAUCAACUCGAUUAAAUAUUAGAAAAGCAAUAAGAUAAAAAAGCAUCAGUUAUUUAGAAAAAUAAACCAAAUAAAAUGAGUUAAAUUGCAUCAGAAAUUAAAGAUGAUCAUAUUAGUAAAUUAAAUUUAACCAUAGAAUCUGGUGGAACUAAUUUUUCUUUGGGACAGCGUUAGCUAAUUUGCAUAGCAAGAGCUAUAAUAAAAAAGCCAAAAAUUCUAUUGAUGGAUGAGGCUACAGCAAGCAUUGACGAAAUGACAGACUCUUUAAUUUAAAACCUAAUAAAGUAGGAGCUAAAAGAUGCUACUGUUAUCACUAUAGCUCAUAGAUUAAAAACUAUAAUUCAAUAUGAUAAAAUUCUAGUUUUAGAUAAAGGUACUUUGAAAGAAUUUGAUACACCUUUGAAUCUUAUAAAUAAGGAAUAGAGCUUUUUCAGAAAUUUAGUGAUGGAAAAUGGCAUGAUUUUCUUAGAGGAAAUGAAAUAACUUGCAAUUAAAAAAGAAUAAGAGAGUAAAAAUGCUGCUUCGGAAGAAAACAACUAAGUUGCUAUAAAUUAUCCAACUGUUAACGAAAUUUUAAACACAUAAAGAACAGAGAGGGCUUUAAACUAUACUUUCAGCUCAGAAGAUUAUAAAACUAAUUAUAACCUUUUUAAGUAAGGUUAAACUAGUAGAUUUAUGAAUGUAUAAAAUUCUUCAGCUAUAAAUAUUCGUUCUAAAAGAAUUUAACUCCCUUCUUUGCAUGAAACAUCUAUUAUGAAAACAAACAACAAUGAAACAGCUGUUCCCUCAAAUGAAGUCUAAUCAAGUUAAAUAAUACAAGAUUUAAACAUAACUCAAAACAAAUAAUAAACUAAAUCUAACUUAGAUUUUUAAUGA